AAGGAUUAAGCAUAACCACCAAAAUGGCGCGCACGAAACAAACCGCUCGAAAAUCAACAGGCGGCAAAGCGCCUAGGAAACAACUAGCGACAAAAGCCGCUAGAAAAAGCGCUCCAGCGACUGGAGGUGUCAAGAAACCUCACAGAUAUCGUCCAGGAACCGUCGCUUUGAGAGAAAUUAGAAGAUACCAGAAGAGUACAGAACUGCUAAUAAGGAAGCUACCGUUCCAGCGGUUAGUCAGAGAAAUCGCUCAGGAUUUUAAAACGGACUUGAGAUUUCAGAGUUCAGCUGUUAUGGCGCUUCAAGAAGCGAGUGAAGCGUAUUUAGUUGGACUGUUUGAAGAUACGAAUUUAUGCGCUAUUCACGCGAAGAGGGUUACGAUAAUGCCUAAAGAUAUUCAAUUAGCGAGAAGAGUUCGCGGUGAGAGGGCGUAGUAACAUUAUUACAAAAAUAUAUAAUAUGUUUAUGUUUAUAAAGAUUUACUGAAUAAAAUACACUGAGAGUAACUAGUAACUAGACAAAGCCCUUUUCAGGGCUGCAUA